GUGAAGUGGAAAGUGUGUGUACCCAUGGCCCAAAUUCACACCCUACCUGCUUUUCUUCCCCAUAUUGGCCUUCCAUUUGGUAGACUCGCCUCAUUACCAGAGUCGAGCGUCUUCGCGCAGCGAGUGAGAGCUUGUGGGUGUGAGAUGGAGGCCGGCGGGUCUGACACACAAGGCCGGGAAUUCAAGAACGCCGAGGAGAUGUGGAGAGAAGAGCUUGGAGAUCACCAGAAGAAGUCUGAAUGGUAUCGCGAAGGCGUUGGGUAUUGGGAAGGUGUGGAGGCAUCAGUUGAUGGAGUAUUGGGUGGAUUUGGGCAUGUUAAUGAGCCUGAUAUUAAGGGCAGUGAGGUAUUUCUCAAUACCCUUUUCGCCGAACGUUUCGACGGGGGAAGAAACCGGCAUCUUGUAGCUCUCGAUUGUGGUUCUGGCAUUGGGAGGGUCAGCAAGAAUCUUCUCAUAAGAUACUUCAAUGAGGUUGAUGUUCUUGAACCUGUAUCACAUUUCUUGGAAGCUGCACGAGAAAAUUUGGCUCCUGAAAACCUAAUGGUCUCAGACAUGCACAAGGCUGCCAACUUUUAUUGUGUCCCACUUCAGGAAUUCACUCCAAAUGCAGGACGAUAUGAUGUCAUAUGGGUCCAGUGGUGUAUUGGGCAUCUCGCAGAUGAUGACUUUGUCUCAUUCUUUAAUAGAGCGAAGGGUGGCCUCAAACCUGGUGGAUUUUUCAUCCUGAAGGAGAACAUUGCAAGAAGUGGAUUUAUCUUGGACAAAGAAGAUCGAAGCAUUACCAGGUCAGAUUUAUACUUCAAGGAGCUCUUCAAUCGAUGUGGAUUGCAUGUCUACAAGUCAAAGUACAUAGUAGAAGUAAAGAGACACGAGGAUGAGUAAAGCUGCUUCUGGAGAUUAUUCCCAGGAAAAAUGACUUCCAGUGGUCACAUUACUUUUGGGAGCACCCAUUUUCCAACAAGCUGUACCAAAUGUUGCCAAGUGUCCUUACUUUUAACCCAACUUGAUUCAACUCAGUAAAUUAUCAUCCUUUAGCCAUAUAAAUCAUGUGUUUGUCACUCUGUUCUGUCAAGAGUUAUUACUCGAGUACUAGAUUACAUGCUAUCACGACUCUCUUUACUAUCUUAAUUCACAUUAAUUUGGUUUGCUUCUCCCCUAACAUUAUACUCGAUGUGGGUUAUGUGUCUCUUCUCACUGAUGCAAUUAAUGGCCUUUUUGACACACACUAAACAAUCUUAGUAAUUUUUCUUUCAUUGCAUCUCUAAUUGGUGCUAUUUUCACUCUCUAAUGAAGUGUGUCAAUUUCCUUCUUCUUCUUCUUCAUUUUUUUUUUU